CGAGUUCGCCUCCACGGUAGACACGUCGAUAAGAAACCCCGCAGCGGAAGCGAUAAGGGGUGAUCGGAUUACGUGAUGUAACACAGCAACGAGAUUUUGAAUUUUUUCGAUGACAGCACGGAGUCAUAUGCGACAAAGGGUCGUUCACAAUCACCGCGCUCCCUUGCUGCUUCCCACUUCGCUGGCCGACCUGGUCUGCUUCUCUAAUGUCCAGAUAAUUCACCACCAAUGCACCCCCACGUACCCCACCCUUCCCCAUGGCCUCUCCCAUCUCAUCUCUCUUCCACAAAGCCUCAUCCCUAUGGCACGAGGAUACGCAAGAACUCGGUUCUAAGACCAAGCACACGCCUUCGCCAGUCGUCUCCACCAUACCCAACGCCACGCAAGCUUAGACCCAAGCAGCAGGAAGAUCCUCUCCCUACUUUCCCCUUGCCUAACAUCGUGCUUCAUCCAGAGGAUGCCUCAAGCAAAGUUUUUCAAGCAAUUGGCCGUUCCUUUCUCUCGGUGGACAACCGAGCAAUGACCAUCAAAGAUCUGGCUGAAAUGGCAUUAAAGUUUGGGUUAAUGUGUCAAAACGUUUCUGCUGCUUCCCAAGCCAUCACAACUUAUAUCCGGAAUCAUCUCUCGCGAUGUGAAGCGAAACAGGACCACCCCCUACUGUUGCGACAUGUCCUUUCGGGCACUCCCGCAGAUGACAAACUUGUUCCUGCACUCUACAGCCGAGUAGGUGGUGCGACUAGUGUAAACAAGUCGAUUUCCAAAGAAGGCGUGGAGAGGAAGCCUGCACAGCCCGUGGACGGUAUGCAAGACGGAAGGCUUACCAACUUCAGGCGGGGAACAAUGGUUUGGUAUCUUUCUAAGGCUGCGGGCGUGUCCUGCCCGUUUGCACGUGCUGGGAUACGCCUGUGCGAAUAUGGAAAAGAGGGAAAAGGACAGUCCAUCAUGACCGAAGACGCAGUCGGAUCGCCAAACAAGCCGAAAUGGGACCAGGCGCACUGCGGGGAGAAGAGAAAAAGAUUACGGAGGGGCUGCCGUCAGGCUUCGCAGGAUUUCAACCAACAGUCAAGUAAGGAACGAAGUCGCCCAAGUUCGAAUGUCUCCGCAUAUGUCGCCGAUUCCAGUGACAGCGACAUCGAGGAUGAGGGACGACCGCCCAAAGUGAAGGUUACUCUCCGUCUCCGACCGUCGUCUCCCGUCCCCACCAGUUCACCACCAAGGGAGGUAAUCGAUUUGUCUUCAGAAUCCUCGUCUUCGGAGGAGUCCGACGAAGAUGUCGACAUGCAAUUGUCCUCGCCCGACGUUCCGUGGAGUCUUCCGCCGUACCCCCGUCGAUCGACCACCGUUCCCAGUUACGCACCAACGUACGACGACACCCCAUGCACACGUUUUCCUGGUGCCGAUGCCAGGCGGUCGCCGUCAGUCCCCUACAGUGCCUCACCACCCCCGGACUCCGACCGUGGCGAACUCGACUUAAGCUUCGAUGCCGAAACCGAAUUUGACUGGGAUUCUUCGUCCAUAUCUAUUGCAUCCCCAAUAAUCCCGCUUGAAUCCAUCGAUGAGGCUGACUCUGAGCACGCUCGGGAAGUCAAACAGGAACCUCGGGAUGUACGUGACAUGCUGGACUUGUGGGAGGAUGUCGACUGCACCCCACCUAACCCAUCUACGGUCUCUUCUGCGACAGUCAAAUUGCCGCCGGACGACAUGAAGACUGAUGAGUUUGAGUUUUGGGAGUGGGAGUUUGAAAAUAGUUGGUCUGGCGCUGCACAUGCUCACGAAGACAUGUGCAAUACUGAGAUUAAAAUUGAGGUGGGAGAACCACGUAAUCUGUCUGCUCUGCUUUCGUUGCCCGGCGCGUCUUACUCUCCUGGACCUGGUUUUCCAGUAUCACCGUGCUCCUCAUUCACUCCGUCAUCAUCGUCUUUCCACUCGUCUGUGUCACCAGCUUCCGAUGUUAGCACAGACUCCUCGUUCCGGUGGCCAAUGCCACUGUCGCCACCUUUAUCUCCCCCAUACUCUUCGGUUUUUACUCCUUGCUCGCCAGCUCACGUUUCAUGUGCAGACGGCGUUCUAACUUGGCAGGACACGGAGUUACUCGGACCUGACAGUGUCCAUCCGAAAGAGUUUGAUGAGGGAUGGACGGAUUCUGCAAAAGGCCUGAAUGGCAGAUGUCUUCACUCAGCGCGGCCACACGCGAAAUCUCUUCCUAGACGAGCAGCCAGCACCUCUCCGGAACGGGAGUGUCAAGUACUCGCACGGACGGAAGCGGCUCCACAGGAUACUGCCACAACUGAUGCCCGGCCCGCGGCACCUUCGUCUCGCGGUGUGGUGUCUGAUGCUGUAGUAGUGCACACCUGUCAACCUUGCAUACCCAGCAUCGUUGCAACGCAGGUUGAAGGUAUAUCUGUUUAUCAAACUAUUCUCGGUUCGACAGCGCUGCUGAGACGCAUUGACACCGAUUUCGUGAAUCUUUCUGUGAUUCUGUCUUAUCUCUCUUUGCCCGUUCCGUCUCCCCUCCCCCUGGGGUCCAUCAGUGUUUUUCAUAGGUUAUCUUCAGUUAGUGGGCUCUGGGUACCACUUGGCAUUGCUCGGACGUAUGCGCAGAGACUUCCAGAGGUCGUGAAGGAUACCUUCCUGUCCGACGAACUCGUCAUGCGGUUUCCUAGUGCGUUGCAAGACUUUCAUAAGAAGAGUACACCUGGACGAAUGCUUUAUCAGUUUGGACCUCAUUUCAAGUCGUCUACGCCCACAUCUUCGACACUCAUGGUUGAUCCUGAACAAUCACGAACUGACAAAGAGGUUAUAUGGGAAGCACCCCUCGAUGUGGUUCUCGAAGAACCCUUAGUGAUGAUUCCGCCCUCCUUUGACAUGGCGUUUGCUGCUUUACGCCCCGGCGCCCCUGCCGAAGAUGGUUCCCAUGUGAGGGAGACCCCACUUAGUCAGUCCGAACAAGAGAUGUUCCAUACACUAUGUGUCUGUCCUGAUUGGGAAGAUGAGAAGGAGAUUGAAGUGGUUGGCACUGAGAGCUCAGCCGAGAGUUGCGGUAAGGAGGAGAAACCCUUGCGCCGGUCGAGGCGGGUCGCGGAUGCGGCUGCUGCACGCUCAUGCGCUACACCUCCAAGGACAAGGGGUCCCCGGCACUCUUGACUGCGCCGCUUUUCAUAAAGUUCUACGUUCUGCCAUUUACACACGGACACACUUCGUUUUUCUUAAUCGACGCUGGGGCUAGAUUAUUUGCUUUCGAACUCUUCGUAUACCACCACUAAGUAUCAUAUUACAUCCAUGGUUCUCUUGAGCUGCGCUUUGCAGUACGCUUUGCCGUUUCACUCCUUUCUUCCGCUUGCCUUGAGACCUACUUGCUAUCAAGCAUAUUUUUUUUGACGUGUGUACGCCCCGCUCACCGAGAAUUAAUUUUGUGCUAUUUGUCGGAGUGUGAAUUUGAGAGGCUCUU